AUGUCUACGCGCCCGCAGCUCUUCACCCGUGGCCUCUCCGGCCUCGCCCAGUCGUCCGAUGCCAACUCUCCCGCCGAACAGCGCGACGAUGCGAAGCGCAACUUCCUCAAGACGAUGAGGCCCCUGCCCACCCAGCACUACUGGAACGUUUACUUCGACCGCCAUAUCAAGGAACCGGCUCAGGGCGACAACGCCGAGUCGUACACCGCCCAGCUCGAUCAGCUGGGCGAACAGAUCGAGUCCGUCCAGGACUUCUGGCGCUACAACAAUAACACCCCCGUCGACAACAUCAAGAUGCGCGAGUCCAUCUACCUCUUCAAGGCCGGUUUCCGCCCCAUCUGGGAGGACCGCCGUAACAUCCUUGGCGGCAGCUGGACCUUCCGCGUCCCAAAGAGCAUUGGCCCGGAUGUCUGGAACCGUGUCCAGCUCCUGGCCAUCGGCGAAACCCUCCAGAGUGUCCUUGACGACGAGGACCAGCUCUGCGGCGUCGGCCUCUCCGUCCGCUUCAACUCCCACCUCAUUUCCAUCUGGCACCGCGACGCCUCCAAGAAGAACUCGGUCGAUGCCAUCCUCGCCUGCAUCCUUGAGGAUCUCCCCGAGGAGCUGCGCCCGAAGCCUGACAGCUACUUUUACAAGAGGCACUCCGAUCACGCUGGCUUCAAGGCUCCCCCUGAGCUACAGGCCGUGAUCGACUCCCAGAAGCGCACCGAGGAGUUGGCGGCGGCAGCCGAGAAGGAUACCCCAGCCGAUGACGCCGCUGACAAGCCUGAGGUGACUGUGCAGUCUCCUCAAUGA